CAAGUACGGAAACACCACGGCCAAUAAAUAUUCACCCACCACGGGGCACGGGCCGGCGCACGGGACAAAGCGUCAAGAAGCUACUGUCAUGGCAGGCGGGUCGAGAACAGCCCGAGGCUGUUAGUCCGCCACGCUAUCUUCCGCCGGCUGUCCCUUGCGUCGCACUUUAUCCACUAGGUUGCAGGGAUCCAAUUCCUUCACCAGGACGAGAUUUGAUUUAUCAACCGACUAACUGCCGAGGAGAAUGGUUUUAAGCAACGAGAUGUUUCCUCUGCUGUGCUUCCGAGUCACGAAUUUUGACAUUUCGCACUCCGUCUUCCGUGGGCUACCUCCGCACUCUGUGGGUGGCGUGGAAUAGUGAGCUGCGCUAUGGAGUGGACGGUUCUAUCGCGGGAUGCCGGAGGGACGCCUCCGAUGACCGUUACGGUCCGCGUCAUUGUGCUCAUCCUGGCUAUUACGACUACGCUGGUCUGCGGUCUCCGGCUGUAUAUGCGAAAAUUUGUCCUGCAAUCAUGGGGACUAGACGACUGGGUGGUGAUGCUUGCUCUCAUUCUGGUGAACGGUUUCUCGGCUAUCGCAUAUACCAUCACCUACUACGGUCUCGGGUAUAGAACCAAGAAUGUCCCGGAAGCGGAUUUAUUAAUCUGGUGGAAGAUCUACUACGCUGCUCUGUGUUGCUACCUUCCCGUCGCUGCGGCAGUCAAGACAAGUCUCACCUUUUUCAUCAUGCGCCUUUUUCCCACUCGCGGUAUCACUAUUGCCGGAAGAUGUAUUUUGGGGUUCGUGGCGGUCUUUACCAUCUCCGGCACACUCGCUCUCGCGUUCCAGUGUCGCCCUUUCCGCGCCGGCUUUGACAAGACCAUCACCGAUGCCACAUGUUAUUCGGUGAAUACUUCGUUCGCGAUCCUCAUGAUGCAGGGAGUUAUCAUGUUUGUGGUUGACGUGAUCAUCCUCGCCCUUCCCAUUCGGUGUGUCUGGCAGCUUCAGAUGCCACGCGCACGAAGGGUGAUGAUUCUGGGGCUAUUUUGUAUAGGGUUUACUGCAUGUAUCGCCGCACUCGUCCGCUUCAGCACCUUAACCUAUGCCAGGGAUGAAACAGAUUAUACUUACGCAGCCGCCAAUUCCCUCAUCUGGAUGGAAGUCGAGUUCAACCUUGGACUGAUGUCCGGCUCGCUUUCCUCCCUCCGCAAGCUGAUCAAGCUCCGACCGUCGGGGCUGUCGCGAAAUACCUCUUCCUUCACGGGCAGUCGCUCCACCAACCUCGAACUAGGAAUCCAUAGAGGCUGGGGCAAGGGAAUAACCAAGCAGACGGAAAUUAAGCGGAUCUUCGAGACGGCAAAUAGCAGCCAAGAGCUCAUGGCGCCGAUCUACGGCCAAGGGGAAUUGUGCACCACCACCAAGGCCUUUCCCGCUGCAACAACCCGGAGUGCAUAG